AUGGCCGACGCAAUUGACAGCCUCCGCAAUGAGCUCUCCGACGACGUUCGCGUCCUCGGCUAUGACCCGCUCAUCCCUCCCCAGCUGCUGGCCUCGGAGCUGCCCAUGUCCGAGGUAUCGCGCAAGACGGUGCUGCGCGGACGCCGCGAGGCCGCGCGCAUCAUCCACCAGCAGGACGACCGUCUGCUGGUCAUGGUCGGGCCCUGCUCCAUCCACGACCCGGAGACGGCCGUCGAGUACUGCCAGCGGCUCAAGGCCCUGGCCGACAAGCUCAACGACGACCUGUGCAUCAUCAUGCGCGCGUACCUGGAAAAGCCCCGUACCACGGUCGGCUGGAAGGGCCUGAUCAACGACCCGGACAUUGACGAGAGCUACAAGAUCAACAAGGGCCUGCGCGUCUCGCGCAAGCUCUACUGCGACCUCACCACCCAGGGAAUGCCCAUUGCCUCUGAAAUGCUCGACACCAUCUCGCCCCAGUACCUGUCGGACCUGAUUUCGCUGGGCGCCGUGGGCGCGCGCACCACCGAGUCGCAGCUGCACCGCGAGUUGGCCUCGGGCCUGUCGUUCCCCAUUGGCUUCAAGAACGGCACCGACGGCAGCCUGACGGUCGCCGUCGACGCCAUCGGCGCCGCCGCUGCCAGCCACCACUUCCUCGGCGUCACCAAGCAGGGCCUCGCCGCCAUCACCCGCACCAGCGGCAACGAGCACUGCUUCGUCAUCCUGCGCGGCGGCACCAAGGGCACCAACUACGACGCCGACAACGUCAAGGCCGCGCGCGAGGCCCUGGCCAAGAAGAGCCAGAGGGAGGUCAUGAUGAUUGACUGCUCGCACGGCAACUCGAGCAAGAACCACCGCAACCAGCCCAUAGUCGCGGGCGUCAUUGCGGACCAGAUCCGCGAGGGCGAGAACGGCAUCGUCGGCGUCAUGAUCGAGUCCAACAUCAACGAGGGCAACCAGAAGGUGCCGGCCGAGGGCCCCUCGGGCCUCAAGAAGGGCGUCUCCAUCACCGACGCCUGCAUCGACUGGGACACGACCGAGGGCGUGCUCGAGAACCUGGCCGCCGCCGUGCGCGAGCGCAGGCAAAAGGGCCAGAGCGUCACCACCAACGGCGCCGCCGCGCAAUAA